AUCGCUGGUAAACAAAUCCUUCGUAGAACGAAACGUCAAUGUUUUGUAUUUUUAAUUAUUCACAACAAUAAUAAUAGUUUAAUAACUUUAUAUACCUAAUACUAAUAAUGCUAAAUAUGUUUUGGCACUGUGAGAAGUUUGAAAACGUGGCGGGAUUAAGCGUGGGAGUUUCACGCAGGAAAAAGCAACUGCGUUGGGCGUGGGCGAUCCCUCCCUGCUGGAUCGGGUUAAUGUAACCCGACUCCGGCGGUCAACAUCCUCCAGGAACAUCCUGCAUCUCCCCGGUUGCGCUGUGCAGCCUGCGGAUUUGCUGACGUGUCGGGCCGCCACUGCACAUGCUCGACCAGCAGCGAGCCCUGGAUCGGCGUGCCAGCAUGGCUCUCUCCGGCUUUCCCGGAUACCUGCAGCUUUUGCUCCUAUGCGCGACUGCGACAUCCGCAGCCGUAGAUAGGAGGUUUUCGGACUUCAAACGGUGCGCCGACGACGAAUGUAGCAUGUUGUUGUGUCGAGGAAAAGCCGCGCAAGAUUUUACCGGACCGGAUUGUCGGUUCUUGCCCUUUAAAAAGGGAGAGACUGUAUACGUGUAUUAUAAACUCGCCGGGAAAAGGAGCGAUCUUUGGGCUGGAAGUGUUGGAAGUGCAUUUGGUUACUUCCCAAAGGAUCUGCUCACAGUUAAUCACAUAUACACAGAGAAAGAGGUGGAAGUUACUACAGAAGAAACAGAUUUUGUAUGUUUUGAUACGGGAUUCAACACAUUUGAAGAUUAUGAUGUAGAUUCUCUGUUGGCGGCAGUGAUGUUGCCAACAGAAAGUGAAAAUUCUGCCGCGAAAGCAUCAAAUGAUGUGGAUCCAGGCAAAGAUGGGGAGAUCCACUCAGGUAGCAGGGAACAGGCACCCGUGGAAUCCUCGCCUGUAGACCAGGACCACACGUCUGAUACAGAUUCACAAUCUUUAAAUGAUGACCCAAUCAAGGACUUUGAAAGUGAGAGGAUUGCCGAAGAUAUCACAGAAGAGAAAUAUCUUGGUGAUUUGUCUCCUGAAGUUUCUAUUCAUUUGUUAAAAGAAAUGCCAGCAGAAACCUUAGAAGCUUAUGAACUAGAUCAUGUGAGACAGACUGGGGCUCAAGAUGAAGGCACCAACAAUGGUCUACAUAAAGAUCAGUCAGUGGGAUCUUCUGUCCUAGACAGUGUUCAUCCAGUGGAAAAUAAAACCAUAUUUGCACCUCCAGAGGUAGACCAGGACCACACGUCUGAUACAGAUUCACAAUCUUUAAAUGAUAACCCAAUCAAGGACUUUGAAAGCGAGAGGAUUGCCGAAGAUAUCACAGAAGAGAAAUAUCUUGGUGAUUUGUCUCCUGAAGUUUCUAUUCAUUUGUUAAAAGAAAUGCCAGCAGAAACCUUAGAAGCUAAUGAACUAGAUCAUGUGAGACAGACUGGGGCUCAAGAUGAAGGCACCAACAAUGGUCUACAUAAAGAUCAGUCAGUGGGAUCUUCUGUCCUAGACAGUGUUCAUCCAGUGGAAAAUAAAACCAUAUUUGCACCUCCAGAGGUUCAAGAUCAGUCUUUAACUACAGCUGAUGUUAAUAUUGAAACGGAAAGUCAUUUUUCAGAGGGAAAAAUAGUUCCUGAAUUGAAGACAACAUUUGGGUCAACAUUUGAUGCUGUUACAUCAGAUGAUGAAGACACUUGGCGCAUCACCCCUAAUUAUGAUGAAAAAGAAAACAAGGAAUCAGAAGACCAACUAGAUGAUGCUGGCGAUUCAGAGGAAAUACCGUUACUUGCUUUUACUGAGAAUAAGACAUCUCAACCUGAUAGGGACAUCUUGCAAGCUUCUCAUUUAGAGGAAGACAAUGACUUUAACACAGAUCAGUCUGAAAAUCAGAACAGAGACAUCAAAGAUGAGAGAAUGUCAACAUCAUUGGGAGAUACCGAUUUUGCCAUUGUCAGUGGUGACGAAAGUACAAAUCAGGUCACUAGUUUAGAACGGGAGGUUGAAGAUAAUGUGGAUGUCAAGGAAUUUCACAAAUCUGUGCCUGAAAAACCAGAUAGCGGAGAGGAACAACAUGCACCACUGUUCGACUCUGAUUCUCACCAAGAGCCCAAGGAAAUGGCACAUAGUGAGGGACAAUCCAAAGAUGCCAUUUUUGAGGAAAAUGUAGGAUCUAAUGAUAAUGAUGUGAAUAAUUUGUCUGAUGCUGAUUUACCUGAAAAUUUACCUGAUGGAAAAACAGGUGAAGAUUUAUCAGAUGAAAGUCGGUUAAAAGGGGUUGAAAAUGACAACAGGACUAUUGAGUCUGAAUUAUCAACAGUUGAUGCAGAAAACAAAGAAUCUUUAGAUAUUUUUGAAGAUGUCUCAAUUGAAAAAGUUACUGAGCACUCACUCAGUGAGCUUAGUGAUGAACAUGGAACCUUAGAAGCUGAAACAGGUGAGACAUCCAAUGACACCCAAGAAUAUAUUGACGCGUCAAAGGAAGAAAACGCAUCACUUGAGGUCACUGCCGUUGAACCGUCUGCAUUUCCAGGUGUCAAAUCAUUGGAAAAUACAUAUACAAAUGCAGCUGAGGCAAGUAAAGAUACUGCCCCGGACGUUGCAGUGACUGCACAGGUGGACAGAGUGAAGAAGGAGGUCAUGGAUUUGUUUACACAAACAUUGGAAAAAGAAAAUCUGUCCAGAAAAGAAGCAGAAAUAGAAAACCAUGAUGUAUCAGUUCAUUUAGACUUGGAAGAAGCAGAACAAGAAGUAAUGUUACUUGAAGAUGAAAAUGCUCUGUUGUCCAAAGCAUCCAAAGAAGAAUUAGCAACCAAAGAACAUGAUCUGGCAUCCAAAGAAGAUGAUUCAAAUGAUCUGGAUCCUGACAGUCUGCAGAGAGAGAAUGAACGAGAAGGUGUGGAAAUCCACACCAGUCCAGAGGUUCAGAACCUAGAGGACUCUUUGGCAGUCAGAGAUGUGGAAGCUACAGCUGGAACAGAUAUGGAAAACAAAUCCAGCCAAGUUUCCCAUGCACCUGAGGAUAUUAACAUUGAAAAAAAGAUAGACUUGGCAUCUUCGGAGUUUGAUCAAAUUAAUGUGUUAUCUGAGUCUGAAAGUGAACAUAAAGAUGUGGACUCAGAAACAGUUUUAGAGACUGAGAUUAAAUAUGAUGAAUGUGUACAACAGCUUUUUCUUCUCAGAAAUCACUUUGAGAACAAAGAUCUCGAGUGGCUUUACAGACACCUAGGCCCCCAAAAUCUUCUCCAUGUGGAAGCUAUGUUCAUUGACCUGGAGCAGGAAUUGAGGGCAACCAGGCUGUCACAAACGGGCACCAGUGAAGACAUUGAAAAGUCAUUGGAAGACAUCUUGGAAGCCUCAGAGACAUCCAUUUUGGAUGAAAUCGAAAGGAUGUUGGAUGCUCGCGAGCAGAAGAGUGCCGAAAAACACCAGGUAGAUGGAUAUACGUUUGAUGAAGAGGCUGCAAUCUUGGAUAAUUUCCAAGAGCUGGCCUUUCAGCUUCGGCAGAAGUACUCGACAGUCAGUGACAGUACUCCUUUACUAUCUGAUGAUCAGAUUGACUUGGAUUCUGGUGAAGAGGAAAUUCCAGAAUCUGUAAAAGACACAUUUGAAAACGUCACUACACUUACUAGGAGUGCAGAAAGAGAAAAUGAGCCUGAGGGUGGGCAUGUGAGUGAAGCCUUGGAUGGAAGCCUUGACAGCAGCUCAGAAAAGAGCUUUGAGGAGGAUGGGGGUCACUUCAACAAGAACAAAGAUAUUCAAGGGGCUUUUGAAGAUUCUGCAGAGAUUCAAAGAGGCCCACAAGCCAUUUUAGAGAGUCCAGUAGAUAUGGGAUUUGGGCUUGAUGUUGAAAGCCCAUCUUCAGGGUCUCUGGAUUCACCCAGUACUUCUGAUUAUCAUGAAGAAGAGCAAAGGAGUCAUGCUUUUGGAAUUGACUUUUUUGACUUCGGUAAUACUGUGAAUCUCACUCAGAGUUAUUUGGACACUUAUGCUGAAAGGGUAAUCGCCAGCCUGCCUGAAGAAUGGCAGCCUGGCCCCAGCUUCCACGGCCUUCCUUGGCAACCGGUCCUGGCUACAGCCAUGGUGGGAAUCCUCACUUUCCUGGUCUUCGCCUGGAGGACAGUUCUUGCUGUCAAAAGCAGAACAUAUCAAUUGACUGAGAAGCAGCUCGCUGACCGGAUCAAGCAGCUGUUUGACGAGAAGAACAAUGCUCUGUCCAGGAUCUCGGAGCUGAAGCAGAAGAUCACUGAAAAUGAGGAGAAACUGAAGGAAUCUGAGAAAAGUGCAUCCUCUUCACAGCGAGAUAAUACAGAACUUAAGAAUUCUUUUAAAGAGCUGCAGAAGAGAAGCACACAGAUGAGGGACAAAAUGAGCACCUUGACAACCGCCGUGGAAGUGGAGAAGAAGCGGAAUCAGGUGCAGGAAGAACAGAUUGCCCAAGCUGAAAAAAUGGUCAAGGACUUUAAACGCGUGGUAAAAUCCAACAAGGAAGAACUAGCAAAGGUUCAGGUCCUUAUGGAUGAAGCUAAGAUUAGAGAAGAUGCCCUCAAAGCCCAAGUGAUGGCCUUUGAGAAGGAGAACAAUGCUCUAAAGGAGCAGAAGAAGUCUCUGUUAAGUGACGCAAAGUCUUGGGAGGAGAGGCACCGAGAUCUGGGGGAGAAAAUGAAACUAUUCCAGAAGUCCCAGAAGGAGUUGGAGAACAGCCUUGCACACAAGGAAAACGAGAUUGAGGUUCUGACUGACUGCAUCGCCGAGCUUCGCCAGCUGGACAUCGGCGAGGCCACGGAGCUGGAGAAAGGGGACACGCACGUCCUGGCCAAUGGGGACUCAUCCAGCCCGAAGAGUGAUGCCCUGAAAAGCCGGAUUAAGCAGAUGAUGGACGUCUCGAGGGUGAAAACAGCCCUGUCCAUUGUCGAAGAGGAGAAGAAUACGUAUCUGGACAAACUCCUGAAUGCGGAGAAGCAGAGGCAGGAGCUGGAAGAGCAGACCAAGAAGCUGGAGCAUGAGCAAGCCUCUCUAGCUGGCGAGAAGCAGCAGAUGGAGGAGGAGCUGAGGACCCUCCAGCAGAAGCUGGAGAUAAUGAGCGAGCUGCACCAGCAGAAGGAAGAAGCCCUCCAGCAGAAGCUGACUCAAGAAGAGUUCCAGCGGCGCGAGAAGGAGUCCAUGCUGUCUCAGGUGGACGGCAGAGCCCUGCAGGCGGUGGAGGAGCUGAAGACAUACAAGAUGAGGGUUCAGGAGGUAGAGGAGGAGCUACAGAAAACGGAGCGCUCCUAUAAAGCUCAGAUCUCUGCCCACGAGAAGAAGGCUCAUGACAAUUGGCUAAAUGCCCGUGCUUCCGAACGCUCCCUCGUGGAGGAGAAGAGGGAGACCGCCAACCUCCGUCAGAAGUUGGUGGAGGUGCACGACAAGCUUGCGGAGUUCCAGAGGCCUCUGAUCAAAGCGCCGUCGGGCCGCUUGGACCAGCAGAUGCCCCCCCUCCGCAGAGGAGACUCUUAUGGACCCUCCCCCGUGAGUGGAGGUGUGCCAUCGCCCCCCUUAAUGAUUGAGGGCCCAGGGCGCCCCCCCUCAGCACCGGUGGGGCCACGAGGCGAUCCCUUUGGUCCCCGACCAGACUCACACGGACGGUACCCAGACCUUGGGCACCCAAUGCCUGCUCGACCUGCCCCUCGGACGUCCUCCCCCAGCAUGGACGGAUCGUCAGAGGCUCCCUCCUCUACCCAGGCAUCAGCUGAUACAACAGAGGCAGUGGGCUCCAGAUCACAGGGCCACCCUUCCUUCAUGGAGUCCCCCAUUCGGGACUCUCCGGUUCCUGGGCCUCAUCCCAAAGGGCACGGACCCCCAAAUGGGCCGCUGCCCCCCAUGCUGAGGCCCCCCAAUGGACAUCUGCCUAUGAUUCCACCCGGACCACCUCUGCCUCCCAUGGGCCCUGGACCCUAUGGCCUUCCCGGUCCCCCCCGUCACUAUGGCCCAUUGCCACCGUUUGUACGAGGACCGCCUCCCCCCAUGAGGGAUUUCCCCAUGGGACCCCCUCCGUUCGGCCCCCGGGACGUCUAUCCUGAGAUGUGGCGUCCUAUGGCCGGACCGCGGGACUACCCGCCUCCACAUCGCCCCCUGCUACCUGGGCCCGUUCCACCCCCCAGCCUGCCUCCGCAGCAAGUGACCACGGGCCCCAGGGACUUUCCAGAAGGGCCCCACCCUGGCCCCAGCAUCAGCAAGGACUAUCCUGCACAGCAAGAAGGGCACAGGGACCGGUCGGUCACGCCACAGAGCGGACCCUGAACCCUCCUUUUAAUUCAUAUAGAGGACGUUACAUUAACCACAUCAUUAAAUCAUUAGAAAGCACGUGUCCUGUCUCAGAUCUAACAUUUCUGUCUUGAGUAAUCAAGGCUUAGCAGGUGGGCGGGUGAAGUCUUGUACAACAUUACUUCCUUCUGAAUGCGUGUUUUUUAAAGGAUAGCUGUCUGGUCGUGUGUUCAGUUGAUUUUUCUCUGAGGAUUUCCUGUGGAAAUACUUGAUUUUAAAAAUGUUUGGGUAGAGAGCGAGGCCUCCAUCACUCGCCCAUAAUGGCUGCUUUGUAAUUGUCAAGGUAAGUUGUAUAAAGUCAGAUUUAUAACUUAUGAUCUUAGGGAUUUUAUUAAUAAAAGAUUGUUAAAGGAA